UGUGUACUGUAUGAGCAAGACAUAAAUGUAGACAGCUCAUUUAGAACAUGGGUUUGUGAUUAAAACCCUCUGGAAGAACAUUAAAGAGGAAAGACAUUUGUCCACAGGCUUUUUUUUUUUACCCCCUCCCAGCACAAGCGGUCUAUGGAAGAGCAAGACAUGGGCAAUAAAAAGUCAGACAAGAAAAGUUCUGCCAGUAAAGUCAUUAAAAUAGCCCUGAUCAUCUUCAUUUGCAUCACAGGAGUCCUAGCACUUCUGCUGCUACUAGUAACUCAAGGACUUAUUAAUUUUCACAAGGAACGCUUUUGUUUAACUCCAGAAUGCAUUGAAGCUGCUGCUGUUAUACGAAACAAGAUGAACCUUUCUGUGGAUCCCUGUGACAAUUUUUUCCAAUAUGCCUGUGGCGGCUGGAUUGAAAACAAUCCAAUUCCCGAUGACCAGUCAAACUAUGGAAUCUACCCAUGGCUGAGGAAUAAUGUUGACCUUAAAAUUAAAGCACUUCUCGAGAAACCCUUAAGCAAGAGGAGAGAUACAGAAGCUUCACAAAAAGCAAAAAUAUUUUAUAACUCAUGUAUGAAUGAAACUCAAAUAGAAGAAGCUGAUAUCAAACCUUUGAUAAAACUACUGAAACAGUCCUCCCUUCGCUGGCCAGUGCUCGAGUCUAACAUCGGAAGUGAAGGAAGGUGGUCAGAGAGAAAGUUCAACUUUCUACAGACUCUUUCAGAAUUACGGGGGCAGUACAGUACAUCAGUGUUCCUGCGUGUCUUUGUGGGGACAGAUGACAAAUUGUCAAAUAACUUCAUUAUAAAGUUUGAUCAAGCAUCCCUGUCAUUAUUAUCCCAUGAGGAUUAUCUUGACAACAGUACAACGGCAAAAAGGUACAGAGAAUCCUUAUUUAAUUUCAUGGUCGAUAUAUCAGUUUUUCUUGGUGCCAACAAAACAAGGGCAGAAACUGAUAUGAAAGCAUUGAUUGACCUGGAAACUAAACUUGCUCAGAUAACCGUACCUCAUGAAAACAGGACAAGUGAAUCUAUGUACAAUAAAAUGAACAUCUCAGAAUUGAAUGCUAUGAUUCCACAGUUUGAUUGGUUAAGCUACUUGAAGAAAGUCAUUGACUUUAAGCUGCAUCCACAUCUUAAAUAUAUUGACUCAUCAGAAAAUGUGAUUGUUCGAGUACCAGAAUAUUUUAAAGAGUUGUUUAAGAUACUAGAAUCUGAAGACAAGAGGACUCUUGCCAACUACCUAAUAUGGAGAUUUGUGUAUUUAAGAAUUUCAAAUCUCAGUAGAAGAUUGCAAUAUAGACAACUAGAGUAUGCACGGGUUCUCAUGGGAACAAAUUCUUUGGCAGCUCGAUGGGACAGAUGUGUAAAUUAUAUUGAAAACGCACUUCCGUAUGCUGUUGGGAAGAUGUUUGUAGAUGCAUACUUCCAAGAGGACAAGAAAUUGAUGAUGGAGGAAGUAAUUGAAGCUAUCCGUUGGGCAUUCAUUGACAUGCUGGAGAAUGAUAAUGACUGGAUGGAUGAAGAAACCAAAGAUAAAGCCAAAGAAAAGAUUUCAGCCGAAUUCAGCAAAUUAGGAAUUCCUGAGUAUAUCAUGAAUCUUGCACAUAUACACACUGAUUUGAAAAAUUUGAAAUUUUCAGAGUCAGACUAUUUUGGAAAUGUUCUACAAACAUUGCACUUUCUAGCACAAUCUGAUUUCUCCUGGCUAAGAAAAGAAGUUCCUAAAAAAGAGUGGUAUACUAGCCCAACUACUGUCAAUGCCUUUUACAGUGCAUCAACAAAUCAGAUCAGAUUCCCAGUUGGAGAGCUCCAAAAACCUUUUUUUUGGGGAACAGAAUAUCCACGAUCCCUCAGCUACGGUGCGAUUGGAGUAAUUGUGGGCCAUGAGUUCACAUUUUUUUAUGCCUUUGAUACCCAAAUUAGAAGAGGAAAGGACAAUAGUAGGAGACAAUCAGGUGUGCUGCAUGCAUUUGUGUUGAAAAGGAACAUGCUGACAGGAGAAGAAAGCACGGUGAUGACACAUCUGUCUGCUUCUGCUCCCUCACUAUCAAUCACAGGCUGGGAGCAAGAAGCUGACAGGUUGUGCAACUCUGACUGCAGUCGCAAGUAUGACAAAGAUGGGAAUUUACAUCCAUGGUGGACCACAGAAUCUGAAGAGAGGUUCAAAGAGAGAACAAAAUGUAUUGUUGAACAGUACAAUGAUUAUUACUGGAAAGAAGCUGGCAUGCAUGUAAAAGGGCCAAAAACGUUAGCAGAAAAUAUUGCAGAUAAUGGAGGAAUAAGAGAAUCUUUUCAGGCAUACAGAAAAUGGAUUGCAGAGAAAAGAGAUGGAAAAGAAGAAAUGCUCCUUCCUGGAUUAGAUCUUAAUAAUAACCAACUUUUUUUCUUAAGCUAUGCUCAUGUGAGGUGUAAUACUUUUCGCCAUGAAGCAGCAAGAGAGCAGAUAAUAAGUGGUGUACAUAGCCCACCACAGUUUCGAGUAAUUGGUGCAAUGAGUAAUUUUGAAGAAUUUCAUAAAGCCUUCAAUUGUCAAGAAAACACAUUUAUGAACCGCGGAAAUAAUUCAUGUAGAGUCUGGUAGAAGAGGAAAUAGCUAAGGAACCAAUGUUUGAGCUGCUGUUGUAUUUCAUUUGAAACUUUGAAACCAAAGAGGAUAAUCCACUUUAAUGUCUUUCUGCUACCUGGAGAAAAAGCCAUGAUUACCUUUGGACAUAUCUUCUGGGCAUAUUCUACAUAACCAUGCCUUUAUAUUAUUAAUACUAUUGUAUUUUUGUAGUGUGGAUUACAAUUACUUUUUUCGAACGUAUACAGAAAUUAAGAUCUUGAAAUAUGCAAAUAAUGAUAAAAGAGUGUGCACUAUCAUAGAUUACUGUAAUAAGAUAGUGAAAUUAAUGUAAAAAAGGAAAUCUUAGUUAUGAAGGGUGCAGUGUUGUACAUAACUGUAGACGUUUGGUGAUGCUUGCACUGAAAGCCAUUUAUGUAUUUAAAAUGUCUUUUAAAAUGUCAUUUUGGAAUAGUAUUUUA